AGAUUCAUAAAAGAUGAGCUCGUCAAGCUUAAGAAGCGUGUUGGUUCAAGCAGCUGUUAGAGGAGUGACAGAAGCAAGGGCACGAAUAUUUGGUCAUGUGCUUAAUCCAACUGGUCAAAGAUCAGCCCAUAAGAUUUUACGCAAGAAGUUGAUCGGAGAAAAAGUUGCGUCAUGGUAUCCGGAUGACAUCCAAAAAGAGGACCCUAUGGUUGUGCAACGCAAAGAACAAGAGCGUUUAUCAAAACUUGAAAUGUUGAAGCGUCGUGGCAAGGGACCGCCUAAGAAGGGACAGGGAAAGAAAGCUCAAAAACGUAAUAAAGAAAGCUCAAAGACGGGACAAGGAAAGAAUGCUCAAAAACACUAAGAGUACUCAGAGACUGGACAAGGAAAGAACACUCAAAAACGUAAUAAAGAACGCUCAAAGACGUAAUAAUGCCAGUUUGUUUCAAGUUUCUUCCGACCUACAAAACUAAAAGAUUGUAUAGCAACCGAAGAAGUUAUGCCCAAAAGGAUAUUGACACAUGUUUUACAUUGAUCAGAAAUCAUAAAAACAAAUACAUAUA